ACAUGCAUUUAUCAUAUUGACACGAUAUAAGAAAGAAAGCGGAUGCUACGAGGUGAGUUGACUAAACAAAGAAAAAAAAAUGAAAAAGUCAAGCUUUAAUGUCUAUCAUCAUCUUCUUCUUUACUCUAGCCUCUUAAUUUGGGCGGCAGAUUUAGUUGGUGUUGGCGCCAAAAUAUACAACCGUAACGACUUCCCAACUGAUUUCAUCUUUGGUUCUGGUACCUCGUCUUAUCAGGUGGAGGGAGCAGCAUUUGAGGAUGGAAGGAAAGCAAGCGUCUUUGAUACUUUUGCGCAUUCUUGGAAACCUUUGGAAGGCCGUCAUGGAGAUGUAACAUCUGACGGGUAUCACAAUUACAAGAAAGAUGUUGAACUGAUGGCAGAAACAGGAUUAGAUGCAUACCGAUUCUCUAUCUCCUGGUCAAGACUAAUACCUGAUGGCAGAGGAAUUGUUAACCCUAAGGGUUUGGAAUACUACAACAACCUUAUUGAUGAACUCAUUAGCCAUGGGAUCCAACCACAUGCUACAUUAAUGCACUUGGAUACACCACAGGUGUUAGAGGAUGAAUACGGAGGUUUUCUCAGUGCGCGAAUUAUAGAAGAUUUCACUGCGUAUGCUGAUGUUUGCUUUAAAGAAUUUGGUGAUAGAGUUGUAUAUUGGACUACAAUCAAUGAACCCAAUAUAUUCGCCUUAGGUGGUUAUGAUAAUGGCGCUUCACCUCCUGGUAGAUGCUCUUACCCUUUCGGAAUUCUUAACUGCACGAAAGGAAACUCAACAACUGAGCCGUAUCUUGCUGCUCAUAAUAUGUUGCUAGCUCAUGCAUCAGCUGCGAAACUUUACAAGCAGAGGUAUCAGGGAAAACAGCAUGGCAUCAUAGGGUUUAGUUUUUACGCGUAUCAUUUUAUUCCUUCAACAGAUUCUACAAAAGAUAAAAUUGCAACACAAAGAGCGCAUGAAUUUUUUAUUGGCUGGUUCAUGCAUCCCUUGAUGUAUGGAGAUUAUCCAAGAAUAAUGAAGAAAAAUGUUGGUUAUCGGCUCCCUAUUUUCACCAAAAGGCAAUCAGAUUUAGUGAAGGGGUCAUUAGACUUUAUUGGGGUGAAUUACUACACCGCCAUUUUGGUCACACACAGAGAUCUUAGCCCGGAGCCAAGAGAUUAUGUAGCUGACAUGGGAACAAAAUGGAUCUAUUAUAAUUAUACUAGUGAUUCACCAAUGGAAGUGACUACAUUCCCGGUUAUACCAUGGGCUCUGCAAGGAUUCCUGGAAUAUUUCAAGAAUGUUUACAACAAUCCUCCUAUUUAUAUUUAUGAAAAUGGUCAAAUGACAGAACAUGACACAAUAGUAGAUGAUCCAUCAAGAGUAGAGUAUUUGCAAGCUCAUAUUGGAGGUCUGCUUGAUGCAGUGAGAAACGGAUCGAAUACAAAAGGGUACUUUGUUUGGUCAUUCUUGGAUUUAUUUGAGAUGUUAUACGGCUAUAAAUACAGCUUCGGCCUAUAUUAUGUCGAUUUCAAUGAUCCAAAUCGGACCAGGUAUGCUAAGCUGUCUCAGAGAUGGUACUCUGGAUUUUUGAAAGGGGAAACUGUUACCACGGAUGAUGAAGGAAACCAACCUCAAAAUAUAUCCACAACCAUUAGAACAAUUACGGAUUCAGAUGAUAAGGUAUCUACUUCAGGUGUAUAAGAGAGACGAGUGUAUCAUCUUUUAUGAUCUGGGGUUUGCUAAUAGUUUUAAAUGUUCGGUGACUUUAAAAGUUUGUAACUGGCAAAAAUAAAAAUUUAAGUUUUUUUUUUGACGAAUUUAAGUUUUAACACGCAUAAUGAUAACUUUUUGCAGUUGUAUUCAAUAAUCGGCAAAUUUCUCCAAUUUUUUUUCUUACGGUAAAUUAUUAACCACUAUUAAUUCUCAUACUCCGAAAUAAAUAGGACAAAUUAUUU